UGCUUUCUAGGGUUUUUCAAUUUUUUUGACUUUUCCGAAGACGCUGCUGCUCUCUUUGGAUUGGAGAGCACCACCAAUGGCGGAGACGAGGAAGGAACUCUUGGAUCAACCUUCGAAGCCUUCUCUCCUUGAGACCCUUCUCCUAGGUAGCAAAGAUCCUUCGCGCAGAAACCCACCCUUCGAGGCCCGAGCCGAUGGGGACGCGAAGGGAAGACCUAUCACUACCGCAGUUCCUAGGAGCCAAGUUCUUGGAAAAGUGAAGGAUUUUUUAGGAGUAAUGGCCGAAGCAAAUGAAAAAUUGAAGGUUGAUGCCCAGAGUAAUUCUCGUGCAGAUUAUAAUAUAGAAGUGGUUAGCGGCAGUGAACAAGAAUACAUUGAGAUGGAUUUGCUUCUGGGUGUGACUGACCUUCAUACUGCUGAAGCUGUGGCAGCAGCUGAGGCCGCCAUGGGUAGCAUUCGGCCUGCAAUGAACUCUAUUAGCAGCAGCUCAUCUGACACUGAAGAUGAUAGUGAUGAUGGCAGUUGCAGUAAUGGUGAGAUAGAUAGAUGUGGUUUGGACAAGAAAUCGCGUACAGAGAACAAUGAGUCAAUGCAUAAAAAUAAGCCAAAUAAGCGGCCAAAGAUUGUUGUCCUGAACUAAAAGAGUUGUUACAUAGAUAUCACCAUCUGAAAGUAUUAUGGCCAAAGAAGAUGAUCCUUGGUCAUCAGGAAAUCCCUGUUUAACUAUGACUUAAGCAAUUGCUGUUGGGGUGGCUUCUUUCGAAUAUAUGCUGCUUCUGCAUAUCAGGAGGGAGUUGGUUCACUACCCGGGUUUUAUUAGGGAACAGAUAAUGUUACCAUUUGCCAUCCCAGUGAUCUUUUAUUGACUCCGUGAAGUCUACCUGAUUGUUGUAUUCCCUUGUUAAAGGGCUAGGACCUCAGCUUUUGACUAUAGAGUGGUUUAUCAAGUUUCAGAAACAAAUCUGUUCUCGGCAACCUGUUUUCCAGAGCAUGUAAAUUAGUUUUUUGUCAAAUGUUUGGUGAUUAGACAAUCUAUUAUUAAAGUUUUCGAUAGCCAAA